UUUUUGACAACCAUAUCCAGGAGUACCAACCGAACGCGGCUAAAAAUCUAUUCAAGUCAGGUGACGAGCCCUUGUGACAGUUCAAUAUUUCUCUAAAAUAUAAUAAAAACCAAGAAAAACAUUAAACAUGGCACUGAGCAUGGCAGUUAAGGGUAAAUUGAUCAGCGUCAUCGGUGACGAGGAUACUUGCGUCGGUUUCCUGCUGGGCGGGAUUGGUGAAAUCAACAAAAACAGACACCCCAACUUCAUGGUUGUUGACAAAAACACACCAGUGAGCGAGAUUGAAGAAUGCUUCAGACGAUUUGUGAAGCGUGAUGACAUCGACAUCAUCUUGAUCAACCAGAACAUCGCUGAGAUGAUCCGACAUGUGAUUGACAGUCACUCCGCUCCAGUGCCCGCGGUGCUUGAGAUCCCAUCCAAGGACCAUCCCUAUGAUGCUAGCAAGGACUCCAUCCUGCGUCGUGCCAAGGGCAUGUUCAACCCAGACGACUUGGUACGCUAAAACUAAUUUAUUGCAUGAUAUUGUUGUCUGCGCAUCAGGCGACCCCUGUAUAUACGCCAGCUGUGUACCAACAUUACAGACUAACAAUAAGUGUGACCAUCCAUCCAUUAUAAUGACGUGCAUUCGCUUGACAACUAUGACAUAACAAGAUGACCAGGCGCCAAAACCUCCAACUUGUUAAUUAAAAAAAAAUAGAUACUGAAAUGGCGCGAAAAAAUAUCUAUUUUAUUUUAUCUGUUGUCAUCUAUUUUGUCAGUUAGUCAGUGAAUGCAUGUCUACAGUUUUCAGUGUGCAAUUUUUUUAUUUAAAACUAAAGCAGUUAACUAUAACAUUCCACUUCCCAGAAACAUUUAUUUUAACUGUUACAGCGAAUGAUCCCGUUAUUUAAUGUGAUAUUGAUAAAAUUAUUCAAAUAAUUAUGUAAGGUUGGAAGUUCAGUAAAGUGGUUCGCGCCAUUAUCAAAAUGUUUCGUGUCAAAAUAUGAAUUAUAUAUCUAUUUAAUUUUAAUUUAAUUGUCGUCGGCACUAAAUAUUUUAUAAUUUAUUUUAUUUAAUGCGACUUUAGUGUGGUUCCAGCCUAAAUUACAGAGUAUUAAUCAAUCAUGUAUAGAUUUGUUGAAGUUGUAUUAUAGAAUAUAAAAUACCA